UUCACUCAGGGCGGUGAGCAGGCGCCGUCCGCUUUGCAGGCCGGUGUCGGGGCUGCGAGCUUGCAGUCCGAGCCAUCUCAGGUAAAGACGCCGUUCCUGGGCUUUGACAGGAGCCCGUGCCCGCGACCUGCCGUAUUCACUCGGACCUUUGAGAUCUCCCUUUCCGGAGAUGGCUAAAUGCUGAGGCGGAAAGAAGAGACUUUCACUCAGACAUACGGCUGCUGUUGUCUUGGAGACCCUGUCCUACCUUCUCGUUUCCUCUGUUGCCAUGGCUAAUACUAGUGACCUGGACCAUCAGAUAGAGCAACUGAUGCGCUGUGAACUGAUCAAAGAAUCGGAAGUGAAAGUGCUGUGUGCCAAAGCCAGGGAGAUUCUUUCUGAAGAGAGCAACGUUCAACAAGUGAAUUCUCCAGUCACUGUAUGUGGAGACAUCCAUGGGCAAUUCUACGAUCUCAAAGAGCUUUUUAAAGUUGGAGGAGACAUUCCUGAAACCAACUACCUGUUCAUGGGAGAUUUUGUUGACAGAGGCUUCUACAGUGUUGAGACAUUCUUGCUGCUAUUAGCAUUGAAGGUUCGCUAUCCUGACAGAAUCACACUGAUCAGAGGGAACCACGAGAGCAGGCAGAUUACCCAGGUUUAUGGUUUUUAUGAUGAGUGCUUGCGCAAAUAUGGGUCGAUAACUGUGUGGAGGUACUGCACCGAGAUCUUUGAUUACCUCAGCCUUUCUGCUGUUGUGGAUGGAAAGAUCUUCUGUGUGCACGGAGGCCUGUCUCCUUCCAUCCAGACCCUGGACCAGAUUAGGACAAUCGACCGGAAACAGGAGGUGCCCCACGAUGGUCCAAUGUGUGACUUGCUGUGGUCUGACCCAGAAGAUACAACUGGCUGGGGCAUCAGCCCCCGCGGAGCUGGCUAUCUCUUUGGCAGUGACGUUGUUGCCCACUUCAGCGCUGCCAACAGCAUAGACCUGAUCUGCCGUGCCCACCAGCUGGUGAUGGAGGGCUACAAGUGGCAUUUCAAUGAAACUGUUCUAACUGUCUGGUCAGCACCCAACUACUGCUACAGGUGUGGAAACGUCGCUGCAAUUCUUGAACUGGAUGAGCAUUUAGAGAAGGAGUUUACUAUUUUUGAAGCUGCUCCUCAGGAAUCUCGAGGGGUGUCAGCCAAAAAGACAGUUGCUGACUACUUUCUCUGAAGGUGUGCUAUAAUGUCCUGGAACUUCACUGUCAACACUGGGAGGGCCUGCCUAAGGAGGGACAGAUAUGACAAAAUGGUAUACUUGUGAACUGCCCUUGCGUUCUGAAGACAGACUAGGCCAUCUGCCUGCUCCUGGGAAAAUGCCACCUUGCCCAGCGCCAUGGCAAUGCGGCCAUGGUGAUCGCUUGCAAUCCUUGUGGUUCUUCCUUACAUUGGGGAAAAUAAAUAACUAUGGAAAUCACACACCUCUCUUCAAGCUGAAUAGCAGUGCUGAAGAAAUGAUUUUCCCCUGGUGAUGCUGGUUUCCUCUGGGUCAAAACUGAAUUGGCACUUUUUAAGAGAAUUUUUAGAAGAUUUUUAAAAAUUACUUUGAAAUUUCCUCUGUGCUAUGAUCAAUGGUCCUUGCCCAGACAUUAAGAAUUGUAGUAGCUAUGUUUUAUUUGUGCAGAGAGAACCAACUUGUUAAGCAAUAGUGUAAGCAACUUUUGUCUGGAAAUCAUUUUAUUUGGAGGAGUUACCUUGUCUUUUUAUAGUUUACUUUGAACUUGCUGUGCAAAAUGCGGUUGGAUUUUGUCUGAGCCACGUCAUAUGUUGUGCGAUUGCAUUGUCCUCCAUUCUCCACCAGGCUGGGUACAUGGUGUAACUGACUGUAAUUUGAUUUCUCUUUGCACUUUGCUCCCUGAUCUGUGAAAGCCCCCUCUACCCCAGUCUACAGCCUGCAAGUAUGGAAACCUGACAGGCUUGUAUCCCACUGGAAUACUGUGUAGUAAGCAGUGUUUAGGGGAAAUCUGGUUUCAGUAAAAGCAUCUAAAAUCUGGCCCAGAAAUGGUGUGAUUAAAAUUGGAAAUGUUCAGAUCGUGACAGAUUAUCCAAUCUAGUAUUGUGUGGGUGGGGAGAACCUUCAGCAUCCAGGCAGUGCCAAUAGAUUUGUAUCAUCUUGUGUUGUAUUUUUAAGACAAUGCUAUUCCUCAGCCCAUGCUAGGAGGCUUGAUCCUUUACUCAGUGAAAUUUUCCAUUGGUUUUGAAAGCUUUGAAUUAAUUUGAACAUGUUAAAUUGAGUGAGAAAAGUUUCUCAGCCUGUGUGAGGCACUUGUACCCUGUAAACCUGUCAUAUCACUUAUCUAGUCACCUGCAGUGAGAUAGCAGUGGCUGUGAUUAUUGGUAAUUACCUCAAUCCUUCUAACCACCACUUUAAAUGGUUUUGAUUUUCGAAGCAUUAAAAAGGAAAAGUAAGACCAGGAAACCUUGGUGUCUAACAGGUUGCAUGUGUUUUUAGUGUGUGGUGGGAAGGGAAAACAUAGUAAAGUAUAACUGAGCCACUGGCAAUGGGUAGCAGUUGAUACGGUAUGAAAAGGAAAGUUGCCAGGUUCCCAAUGCUUGAAGAACUGGAGGGGUCUCUUUGCAGAUAUUUGGAACAGGGUCUAACUGCAGUCGAACUGUUUGCUCCCACACUGCUGUUAUCAGUAGGCAGUAAUCUAUCAGUGCCCAAGGAACUGAGCAGGUCCGACAGCCUUGGGAGACAUGGGGUUACUGUUUCGGAUCAAUGACCUUUUGUCAGUACUGAGAUAUGAACUGUUACUCUCCACGAUUGCUUCCUCACUAGGCCAUCCAGCAUUCUAUUUUCAGAUUUAAAAUAUCUCUGCUUCCUUGAUUGUGGUGCAGCCACCCUGAGCGAAGGUCCCUUCCGUUGCCAGAGCUUCUAAAGCACCUUCCAGCGGAGCAUUACACACCAUGAGCAGGGCAAAGGCAGGAAGUGUGAAGUCUGCCAGAUCGAGAGUAACCUGUGUUCCCCGGAGGAACAUCUAACGUCUGGAGAACAGGGGUAGUGGUUGACAGGAACCAAGUAAUUCCCUCACCAGGCAACAGGAGGGGUUGCUGCUGCAUUCAUGUCCACAUGCCAUUGACUCGCCCUGAUACCAGACUGGAGACAUGUGUGCUCUGCUCCCCCUGGGCAAUGAUCAUCUGGGCUGGAGUUCAACUUGUGCAAAGCCAGCUCCCAGAUACGGCCUUUGGAGUCCAGGCUGUCUUAUCUUGCUUUCCAUUCUGCUCCACUCUUCAAUUAGCAGGCAGUUGCAUAUUGGUGGGCAGCAGUACAAUGUCUACGAGCAGUUUCCACCUAGAGCCGCUACCACUGCUGCUCUUGAUUAAACAAUGUAAAUUAGUUUCAGUUCUCACUCUCUAGUGACCAGGCUUUCAAUUCUCCUGGCAUCUUCUCUUCUUUGGGGAGUAUUUGGUUAGAUGUGAGAUCGUGGGCAGAAACUCGUUACAGUGAUUGUGACUGGAACUUGAGGCCUGAUCCCCAGCUCAGCACAGUGGAGCACUGAAGGCAACUACUGUACAUGGUUUUAAGUUCUUAUUUAAGGUUCAGUUGAGGCAAUAAGGGAAAGAAGAUCCUCUGAUGUAAACUGAGAAUGCUGUCACUUUCUUGUGGUUCAGGAAGGGGCAGUGUGGUUCUGACACUGAGUGCUGGGUUUUGUGGUCAAUUUAAACUGAACUGAUUGCUGUCUAUUUAAUUUCUGAACUGUGACUUUUGUGAAGCUGCUUCCAGUAAAAUAUGAGGGUUUGCAGGUACUGAAAUUAAGGGCAUUGAAAGAAAUCUUAUGUCUGAUCAUCCAGUGACCUGUUGCUAGCAAAAGACAGCAGAGCCAAUUCUGGUUAGGCCAGUGAUAGGAGGAGGCUGAUUAACCCUUUCAUUGGGCAUUUGUGAAGAUUCUGGGGAGUUCUCCCAAUAGUCCACACCCCAUUUGAGCUUGUCUGUUGAGUUGGCCAGUGCCUCUUGCCUCACAGAAUACUGUCUAUUGAAGCUAAAAUAGGGUAAGGCUGUUGCACUGCUGGUGAACCAUUUUCAGAGAGAAGCUGAACUGAUAAUCACUUCAGGAAUUACCAAUUAGUUUUUUAAAUUUGUGAAAUGGUUUUGCAUAAGUUACCAGUUUUUCCAAAAUACAUUAAUAUUGUAACAAUUUAUAUUCUGUUUACAAAUAUUUCAGCAUUUACUGAAAUAUUCUGGUUUGCUGUACUAUAUUGAGCCAAGACCACAGACGUGCAAGCAAGACCAGUGUUGUAUUUGGUCAUCUAUUAAAUCGCUACCAGUUUUGAAUAGGAAUUUGUUACAAUAACAUUGUGAUUCUUCUCUUCCCCCCCUGCCCCCCCCCAGUGUGGCUCUAAAUAAAGAUUGUCACAAUAUUAAAAUUUUAUUUAUUUAGCUCAUCAAAACAUACAGUGAGAUGCAUCGUUUGCGUUAACAACCCAAGGAUGUGCUGGGGGCAGCCCACAAGUUCAAGGUUCAAAGCAAAUUUGUUAUUAAAGUACAUAUAUAUCCAUUUACUACUAAGAUUCAUUUUCUUGUGAGCAUUCAUAGUAACUACAAGUAACACGGUAGAAUCAAUGGAAAAACUGCACACAAAGACAACCAACCAAUGUGUAAAAAGACGACAAACUGCACAUACAAA